CCUGACGAACCUCCGGUAAGCUGAAGGAAAACAGUGUUAGUAGACCACACCCUAUGACAAUAUUUACAAUGGGAUUAAAUUUCGAUAAAGCUUGAUGCCUCAAAACAGUUAAAAAACACAAGUACUCAGUCCAACAUACCAGCUCAGUUUCUGAACUGUGUUGGGAGAAAUCAGUUGUUUAAUUUAAUCAGUAAACAUGAGUAUAGUCGGUACAGGGUGGUACGUGUGCUCGUAGCACUGGACGUGUUAGCGGCGCUAACGGCGGCCCAACAUCAGCCCACUGUCACCGUCCAACAAGGCGUUCUGGUCGGCACCACCGAGACUUUUCAGGAAUUCUCCUCAAAACAAUAAUCGGCUAGGCAGCUAAUUUAAAUUUGAUAAAACGCGUCAGUCGAAACACAUUGCCUCGCUUUUUGCAUUUUGCAUCACUAAAUAUUCAUACAACGAUUGUGUUGGUUCACUGUUUACUUAAAGGAUCUUUAUAAUACAUGCAUACCCUUUGUUGUAUUAAAUUGGGCUAUUCACAUGUUGAGGUUGCAUUGUGGAGUAUACUGUUUGUCAAGUGAUUAGUAACCGCCGCACCGUGUUUGACGACGACAAGCAUUUCAGAAACAUGACAGAUUCGUUCCUCGUUGUUGCAAAUGCAUUGCGAGUCAUCCUCGUAUUGAAUGUGUUCUUGGCCCAAACGGCGGCCCAAACGGCGGCCCAAGAUGCGCCCACCGUCACCGUCCAACAAGGCGUUCUGGUCGGCACCACCGAGACUUUUCAGGAAUCCCAAUUCAUCGGUGUGAACAAGACCAUUGAUGUCUUCAAGGGGAUACCAUUCGCUGAGCUGCCCGUGGGUCGGCUGCGGUUCGAGCCCCCGGUGGCUAAGGAGCCGUGGGUCGGUACGUACGACGCUACGUACUUCAGAGAUGCCUGCGUGCAGGACCCUCUACAAGCUUUCGGAAUGCCCAUGAGCGAAGACUGCCUUCAUCUGAAUAUUUACGCAACAAGGACAACGUUCCCAGAGGGCGCUGCCGUCAUGGUCUAUAUCCACAGUGGCAGUCUCAAUGGCGGAUCUGCAGUCCUCCCUGAUUUUAACGGCCUCCCAUUGGUUUCCGUGGGUGACGUCAUCCUUGUCACCAUCAACUAUCGUCUCAACGUCUUUGGGUUCCUAACAACAGGUGACGAAGCCUCGCCUGGUAAUGUUGGCCUGAAAGACCAGGUAAUGGCCUUGGAAUGGAUAAAACAGAACAUAGCAGCAUUUGGCGGUGAUAAGGAACGCAUCACGAUCUUUGGAGUGGGUUCUGGAGGUUUGAGCGUCAACUUACUGGUCCUGUCUCAACAGACUACAGGACUGUUCAGUCAGGCUAUAAUGCAGAGCGUCACCGCCCUCUCCCCGUCGUUUUACGAGGAUCAAGAGCUGCUGCGACAACAAGCGUUUCAGGUCGGGGAGAGAGUCGGCUGCAGAGUCUCGGAUAGUGUGGCGCUGCUAGACUGCCUACGAGAAAUAAACGCAACGGCUCUCAUUACUGCAGCACCUCAGUCAUUGUUCCGUUCCGCACCUGUGCUGGAUGGGACGUUUCUGGAUGACACACCGGCCAAUCUGUACGCCACCGGCCGGUAUAACCACGUCAAACUCCUCCUUGGGUCCAACAAGGACGAGGGCACAUUUAAUGUCUACCUCAGCCAACAGUUUGGCGAGUAUCGAACCAAAGAACAAGCACCUAUCAUCAACGAGGAGGCUUUCGAUCAACUUGUGACAGAAAAAUUUGUGAGAGAUUACGGUUAUUCCAACGAUCAGCUGACUGACGCUAUCAGAAUGCAGUACAUUGAUUGGUCGCAAGCUGAUAACGACUCUUACGAUUUCUUCCGAUCGUACGUUGACUUUGCUACCGAUUUCAGCUACGCAUGUCCAGUCGAUCAGGUUGCACGCUAUCACGCCCAAAGCGGCGACGAUGUCUACGUGUAUCAGAUGACGCACGUACCGAGCGUGUCCUACUGGAAUUACGGCGGGUUCGGCCCGGGCUGGUUACUGGCCGGACACGCUGAAGAUGUCCAGUUUGUCUUCGGUUUUCCGUUCAUUCCUGCCGCCACGGCUCUCAGGGGAGAACUCCAAGACGAUGAGAAGGCUCUGUCGGUCAAGUUCAUGGAAUUCUGGACCAAUUUCGCCAAUACUGGAAACCCUGGCGUGCAGACCCCGGGCUCCCCUCCGGACCCUCAGCGCGAUUUCUGGCCCCGGUUUACUAUCCCAGAGUUGGAGUACAAGGAACUCAGCUUGAACCUGACCUCAUCCAGGGCACUCAAGAGCGACAAGUGUCAUUUCUGGAACUCUUACAUGGUGCAGCUCAGGACCAUGCUGGCUGAUUUGGAUGUCGCUGAGCGUGAAUGGAGGGAAGCUUUUCACACCUGGAAGUACACCGACUUGGCCGACUGGAGAUACCAGUUCGCUGAGUAUAAAGCAAUCAACGCGAAGUAACGUGGAAAAUGAGAAGAAAUCCAAUUGAUCAGUUUCUAGGUCAUCAUUUUUAUAAUAAUUAUGUAGAUUAAAGCAUUAAGAUUAGUUCAAACAUUUUUAACGUUUUUACGACAACGAUUUAUAUAAAUUACACUGGCAUUUUUUUUAAACCUCUUUCGUAGCAGAAUUUUAGUGCGUCUUUCUAUUGCAUGUUUAUAGGUUUUCUGGCCUUGAUCGAAUUUGGUUCAAAAGAAAAAUCAUUUAAGUAUUUGAUGAUAUCCAAUUACCCAGUACAAAUAUGUUAGUAAGUUCAUUUUGACUUUUACUUCACUAACCCUAUGGUAUUAGCAAUGCUAUUAUCUCAACUUUUAAUAGAUUUAACACAUUUCUUUUUAAAAGUUUCAUUGCGUUAGUCCUUAUAUUUUCCGUUCAUUAGUAAUGUGUGUCCACUUUGCAAUAAAUAACGGUCUCCAAAACUAAA